AUGGCUGCUCCUCUUUACGAUUUCACUAUUGGUCAAAAUGUUCGCGUCCCUUCCUAUGUGUCUAAAGAAAAGGCAUCUACUUCAACCAAGGCUGCAGACCUUGAUGAAACAUCUUCCUAUCGUUGCUGCUGCUCGCUGCUACUAGUACUACAGCCCUUAGUUGCUCGAAUGGAAGUUUUCCGAGCUGGCCGUGCAAGCAAUGGAAGCGGAAGUUCGACCAUGUUGAGUAUUGCUAGGGCUGAAGAUGUAUUUGCAGGCGCCAUGGUCCCUGUUGGAGUGCUGGUGAAGAUGUUGAGGCCUUGA